CGUGCUCUUCGUUAAAGAGACAGCACAGGAUUGCUCGGAGCCAUUCAAUCAUUUCCUGAAUCCACUCAGACGAUCUGUACUUCUGUGGAAAAAACGGCAACAUUGUUGUCAACAGCUGGGACGAACAUACGGCUCAGACAAUAAACGUUAGACUUGUUAAAGGCGUUUACAAUGGCAGAUAACAGGACGGAAGCCGGGGAGCGCGUUUAGCUGAUGCACCAUCUUCAAAUGCAGUCAAAUCGGCCCUCGACUUGUAACUCGGGGAAUACUAACCAGAACUGGAAUAACACCAUGGACGCUCCUCAGUAUCCAGGGUACCCCUCACAUUACUGGUAUCCGGAGUCUCAUGCAACAGGACACUAUGCAAACACCUAUCCAUCGGGAUCAGAUGUCCCACCACAGUACAAUCAACAGGUAAUGCCUGCAGGUUAUCCAAAUGGCCAUGGUGUCUACAGCCCAGCGCAGAACCAAUACUCGACUAGUGGUUUCCACCCGUCCAACCCGUUUUACUGUGCUGACACUCAGAGACAGGCUCCAGGGCCGUACCCCAACCAGGCCUGUCCUGCCGAGCAGAGCAGUGGGCCGUCUGGGCACCCCCAACACCAGCAUCAUCACUAUCCUGGUCCACAGUGUCAAGGGGGUCCUGGAUAUCCUACUGGGGCAUACCCUCACUACAGUGAAGGAGGUCAUGCAAUGCCCUCAAACCCCCCGUACCCCACUGGCCAGCCCCUCCACCCUAGCCCCCAGUCUGAUGGAUGGACACACUCUGGAGCGUAUGCCCCCCCACAGCAGCAAUGGCAGCCAGGCCAGCAGCCUCCACAAAACCACUACGGCAAUCCUGUCCGUCCGUCCCACCCUCCAGCAUGGCCCGGGACUGGAACUGGAGCUCCACCACCUUACCAACCCAAGGACCAGCAGCACCAACGUGCCCCACAAGUGGGACCUAAACCCAGGCCAACCCCAUCCCUGAAUGCCCCCAGUGGAAAGCCUGCCGAAAUAUGUUCACCUCCCCAAUUGUACAACAAAAGCGGGAGAGGUGAUCCUAAUCCUUCUCAAGCUGAGCCCCCGCCCCAGGCGCCGGCCCCAGCUCCAGCCCGGGCCGGACCCCAACCCCUGAGCGAUAACCCCAGCCUCGCCAAGGUCCAGCUGGUCAUGGCCAGAAUGAUGCUGCUGCAGGAAGAUGUGGAUGAGUUUGUUGGCAGAAAGUCGGACAAGAGUUAUCGUGUUCUGGAGGAGCUGCUAACCAAAGAGCUGCUGCUGCUGGACUCUGUGGAGACUCAGGGACAGGAGGCCGUCCGGCAAGCCCGAAAGGACGCUGUGCAGAAGAUCCAGGCCAUAUUGGACCAGCUGGAGAAGAAAGCCUUCUGAACUGGACUUAUUUACUGGUUUGUCGGUGUCUAAGUCUUGCUGUUUUCCUCUUCCAGAUCUUCCAUGGACACAAUGAAGGUCUACUCUUCUCUCUUCUUCUCUCUGAGGGUUUUUCCACAACCAUGAUAUAAAAUGCCUGAAAUAACUGGCAAAAUGAAAUGGAAUCAACCUUGUAAAGCCUGAUAACACUGGUAUAAUUGUGUUAGAAGCGCAGACUGACAGUUGUACAUAUCAUAAGUUACUUUGAAUCUCAGUGAGUGACUCUGCUGGACACACAACCUGACACUCUUACUCAGCUUUUUCUGUAAUGUCAUGCCAUUGCCAGCAUAAUGCAGGGCUGAGUGACAGAGAGAUGAAUUUAUUCACAUUUUCAUGCUGUCCCUCAGGAUUGUGGGUGAGUCCGAUCCUACAUCUAAGAAUGUCAUGCCCCGUCUAUUAUUACAUCUCAUAGUCCGUUUGCAUGAUAUGUCUCCAACCCUGAUAGAGGCCAAACAGUUAGUUGCCCUUUGUCCCAUCAUGUCUCUGCAGGAAGACGUGCAACGCUUUUCUUUGUUAAAUAGUGCUCCCAGCCCUGCAUGUAUUCUAAAGUCCGACAAACAUUAAAUACACUCAUAACAUCUAAAAGAAAAUGACCGGGCAUGGAGCGCAGCAGAUUAGUGAAAACCCUCUAAAGAUCGCUGUCCCUAUUAUUCCAGAUUUUGGAUGAAAUGUCUUCCUACCUGCGGACCUAAAAUCCAACCUAUAUAUGAAUGCCAUGUAUUUUACUCUAGGAACUACUGUUAUUACAGAUACAUAAGGAACACUUUAAGAACUACUUGAAAAACUGAUCAAUAGUUAUUUUAAUCCCUUUUGGAACACUUGGAAUAUAACUACAGGAAAGUUAAUUGUAUUUUCAGGAUUAAGUGUUCAAUAUUUUGCUGUAAAAGAUAAAGAAAAGGAUAAACUUUUUCAGUAAUGUUUUCUGCUUAAGGACAAUAUUGAUCGCAGCACUUGUGAGUAAAAAGUGUUUGAUUUGGACUUUGUUUCUGUUUACUGCCGCACCAAUAUCCUGUUUUCCACAAUUAUUAGUUUUCUUGUGUAGAGUAGACUUUUUUUCAAUCAUCUUGAUGUGUUGAUUUAGAAAAGGAGUGCCAUAUUUCAGGGGAUGGUUUUAAUUAGAAAAAGAAAAAAAAUGAAGAUGACAAGCUUUGCAUGAAAAAAAACACCUGUCCUAUGUGUUCAUUUUCCUGUGCUGUUAUGUUUUAUGGAGCACAACUGUACAGUUUCAGAUGUAAUGCAUGUUUCCAACACAAGAUGGAAAUCCUUGCCUGACAAGUCUUGAAAUUGAGAAAAUAACAGAGAAAUAAUUAAAUGUCAAUAUAUUUUC